AUGAUUGAGCCACCCAAUCAGAUACUUGAAUAUCUUAGAUUAGCUGGAUUUUAUGGUGUUGCGAGGGUAGGGCAAUUUGAUUACGACCGGAGUUUGGUCUCAGCCCUUGUUGAGAGGUGGCGUCCUGAGACUCACACAUUUCAUACUACACGUGGAGAGUGCACGAUAACAUUAGAGGAUGUUGCUAUACAGUUAGGCCUUCCUUGUGUAGGAAUGCCUGUCAUUGGGAAAACUGACUUUAAUUGGCAAGAUGUUUGUGAAUGGCUUCUAGGGGUUAGACCACCUGCAGAUAGAAUACUUGGACAACGACUACUUAUGAAUUGGUUGGAAGAGCACUUUAAUCACUUACCUGAUGAUGCAGACGAUGUACAAGUUCAACAAUUCACUCGUGCAUAUAUUCUCAGGUUGAUUGGAGGAUAUCUCAUGCCAGAUAGAUCGUGUACUAGGGUGUAUUUGAUGUACCUUCCACUACUUUAUAAUCUAGAAGAAGUUGGAAAUUUUAGUUGGGGUUCAGCAGUUUUAGCUCACCUGUAUAGAGAAUUAUGUAAUGCUACUAAUCCAACUGAAGAUGGGAUUGGAGGGUGCUUAUCAUUAUUACAUUUAUGGGCAUGGGAUCGUUUUCCUACGCUAGCACCACAACAACCUGUAUCUCCAGAUCCACAGUCUAAUAUCUACCCUCUCUUACCUCCUUUGGGUUUCAGAUGGAAAAAUGUAGGACAAAAUCCUCGUCCAAGUGUCACAUCCUUACGCCAAUAUAGGAGUCUUCUUGAUAGAAUGACCGAUGAUGACAUAAUUUGGCAGCCAUAUGAAUCUUUUGAAGUGCGCCAAUUGAUUCCAGAAUACUGCUUGGCAACACCUGAAAUUUGGCUUGCUUCAGUUCCUCUAAUAUGUUUUCAUAUUAUAGAAUGGCAUCACCCUGAUUGUGUACUAAGAAUAAGCACAAAUUGGACUGAAGAAUACUCAAACUUCAUUGAAGCAUGGAAUAGAUGGCCACAUGCUGUUGUUGAUGCUCCUCUGGCACUUGGUGAACUUGAUCGAACAUCUGAGUACAUGCAAUGGUAUUGGAGACAUACAAGACGAUGGAUCCAACGUGUUAGUGGUGAUACUGGCUAUGUGGCUGACAUAGCAGAACAGUUAUAUAGGCUAACAAUUAAUUCUCGUUCAACAUGCUCUGAUUGCAUUGAUUAUCGAGAAAGAGUUGCUCGAGACCAGCGUAACAUCUUACUUGCAGUUAGAGAACAACGGUUUAAUAUGAAUUCUCAACCAGCUCCACCACCAGUUGAGCUACCCCGUCCACAAAUUCCUCGAGAUAGACCAAGCAAACGGCGAGGCGGUUACUUGUCUACUCAGCCACCAAUUGUAAAUGAAAAUUUAAGUGAACAAGAGCCUCAAAAUUUUAGUCAUUUUGAUAACAUACCAGUCUCAUCAAGCCCUAUCACCUCUUCCAAUCCAACUCAUUUUUACCCUCAUCACAUGCCAUCAUCAUCAACAUUAUCCCAUUCUGACUCACCCAAUCCUCCUCAAUUUCAGUCAUUCAUGUCCUUAUUUGAUGAUCCUGCAUUAUUUAUCGAUCAAUAUAACACUUCUUCUUUUGAGCAAGGUGGUCCAUCAAAUGAAGCAUUUGUCACCCCUCGACAAUCAAUUUCUUUAGCCGAAUCACCUUGGUUUGAUUUAAAUACGUCAACUACGCAGACAAAUGAGACAUUAGAUCAAACUCAAGAAGUAAAUAUACAACAACGGCCACAGCGUGCGCGGAGGAGACCAAGAUGUGGCACGGGGAGUCAUUAUUUGUGA